CAAUUUCCUCUUAAAAUUAAUUACAAAGCAACUGAAAGUGACGCCAUUUUUUAUAUAAAUCAUAUUAUUUUAAGUGAUUACUGCUUGAAAAAGGGGCGAAUAUUUUAAAAUUUUCGUCGGGCGUAGCUUGUUGAAAUUUUUUUGAAAAAUUUCAUUACAACAGCAUCAGUGCCUAUAUCAUUUUUAAAAUAAUUUCUACUUCAAUUAAAUGAGUCUGAUAAAUUUUCUUAAUCCAAAACUCAAGCCGACAGUCGAAUGUGAGGCAGUUUGUGAAGAUGGGUAUGGACCGACAAAUUUAAUAGCCGACGAUCCUGAACAAUUAUUACGCGGAUUUAUGGCAUUCUCUGUAACCAAGCCGCCAAUGGAAAUUAUCUUUGAAUUUCCACGAGCCAUCGAUUUAAAGGUAAUUAAAUUGUGGAAUAGUCAGGGUGCAUUAAGGUCAACGGCUUUUGAAGUUCACGGAAAAAACGAGGGCAUAUGGGAACGUGUCGCGUAUGUACGUGAUUUAGCUAAAGAUAUCGAUUCGGUAACGUUUUGCUAUCAAAGCGAUUACAAUUCACGCAGCGGCCGCACCGAACAGCAACCUAGUGAGACAGUUUUCUUUUUUAAGACUGCUCAUCGCAUGUUAUCUAAUACUAAUAGCAUUAAAUUGAUUAUACGUGCUACUCAGAAAUGCGCACCAGUCUUGCGUAAAAUUCAAAUAUGGGGCUUACCAGCUCGUUCUUUAGAUACGGUUGAUCGUGAAUUGGUGAAAAGCAUUUGGAAUGAAAUAACCAAUCCUUACGAUCCUUUAGAACGUCAGAGAAUUGCCGAAGAAGUGGGUCAACGAUCUCCGUCACGUUGUGUACCCGAAUUGAAUAAAGAAUCAACAUUACAAAUACCAGAAGAAUUCCUUGAUGCAAUUACUUGGGAAUUAAUGAUAUUUCCUACAGUUUUACCGUCAGGCAAAGUAGUUGAUCAAUCAACCAUAGAUAAGCAUUCAGAAGAGGAGGCUAAAUGGGGACGUUUACCGUCCGAUCCGUUCACUGGUCUAGAAUUUACGGCACACCGGAAAGCCAUUUUGAAUUUGGCUUUAAAAGCUAGAAUAGAAAAGUUCCUCAUGGAGAAUUCCGAACAUUUUAAGACCGUGCCAAGAUCACUUGGCAGUUCGAAAGUUCGACGCAGCAGAAAUAGACAUGCCUCACAGGUUGCCAGCUUGUAUCAAUCACAUAACUCAGCUGGAACUUACUCAUCACUAUCAAAGUCCUAUAAAACCUCCGCAACAGCCACAUCAUCGUCGAUGGAUAAUUUAGACUUAGCUGCAUCGUAUGCCUUGCCACCACCAACCAAGCGUGCACGUAUAAGUGUAAAUGCUUUUACGACAACUCUGGUGAAAACACGUUCCUCUGAUGGCUUAUCGACAUCACCAAUGGCUUCGACGGCUACGCAAACUUUGGCCACAGCUACAUCGUCGUUUACUAAAGCUGCAACUGCAGCAACAAUUGUUGACACAACCAGUAGCUCUUCAACUACGCCAAAUAUUGAGGCGGCCCUACAGCAAGCUCUGCAAAAAAUUACUAGAUUUACGCAGCCGGCUGCCAAACAAGUCAUAAAAACGGACGCUUGCAUACAAUGUCAUACACCGGAGUUUGCUUAUGAAAUACAAACAUGCGGUCAUUUAGUUUGCCGGGAAUGUCUAGUACAGUUAACACAAUCCGAAAAAUGUGUCUGUAAGACAGCUUUCCGUUCUUCGGAUGUCGAACGGUAUCAUAAGUUGUAAAUGUGAUGAAAACUAAAGAGAGAAACGAAUUUGGGAUAUUUUUUUUAUAUAGUCUUUGUCAUCUCAAUUUUUCUAGUUUGCAAAACAGGUUUUUUUUUUUUUUUUAUAAUAUAAAAGUUUUCUAAGUUUGUUAAUUGAGACGCUUUACGUAGAAAAUGUUACUGAAAAUUUAAGAAAAAAAAAAAGAA